AUCGAAGCCUUCUCGAGUUCUCCUUCCCUUGUUUCAAGUUUCAAGUUCAAGAGAAGUUCUGCUUCACGCAGGGGGUAACCGGUAAGGCUACAAACAUGCUUGUGAGCCGUGUUUCUUGCUUUGCUGUAUGAUACUGUACCGCAUACAUCAUGUACUAGGUCUAGUAUAGCUCCUCCUGGACAUCUACCUAAGCUACUACAGUAGUUAAUCCAUCCGCAUCCUCAAGUGAUGCUUGGCUACAAGAGCGGCAAUCGAGCCACCGACUAUUCCAUCCACAAUCAUAUAUAUAUUAUCAGCGACCUUGAAACAUGGAUUUUCAUGAAACUGAGAAAAGAACAAAGAAAUCUUCUUCCGAGAAGGAUAGUGGUCAAAGAGGAGCAAGGGAGUCUGCAGAUGAUCUUGGAGGUCUGCCAGUGGCUGCACAAGAAAUUUGUUUUCGUCCGGCUUUUGACGGGGAAAAGUUGGACGACACUGAAGUACAUGUAGUAGGUGACAAUCUAACGGGAGCUCAGGAGCACUUUCAAGAGGCAGAAGUGGACUCGGAUCAUCCCGGCAGCAACGCAUUCAAGGAGCAGUUGCGAAACAAUUAUGGACAAGCCCCAAUGGCAAAAACCCAGAGAUGGGAAAACACGACCUCGUGGAACAGCAGUUCCGUAAUGGUUGGAAUGACAGAUGGAAGGGACAUGGAUUCGUUGAGUCCUCAACAAAUAAAUGGCAUUGUCGCCAGGGACACUAUUGCGAACCAGGCUUUGAUGGAUGUGCAACCAUUGCCCUCUCCGCAAUCCACCGGACCAACCAGAAAUCAAACAGCUUCCAGACCUGGAGCAUAUGCCGUCGUGCCCCCCACACAGAUCACUCCAGCUUCUCCGGAGUUUAUCCCGGCGACGAGCAGCAACUGCUCUCACGACACAUGGGCUUUCGAAGACACUGAGAGUGGUAUAGCGGUUGCCAAUCUUGUACCUGAUGACGAGAUACCCCAAAACUUGCCACGGGCAGAAGAAAUGAAACGCACCGUUUCCACCAGAGCAAGGACGCCCUUCAACAAGAAGCGAACCUACUUGGCAUGCAUGGUUCUCAUCUUUCUCGUUGUCAUUGCAGUGACGGUCGUGGCGAGUCGGUUAAAAAAUGCGUCCAAGAAUGCUACCAAACAUAUUGCCAGCGUUGUCCCCACAGAGACUCCUAUUACCGACAUGUACCCACAGCAGGAGGACUCCAUUUUACUUCUUCUGCCGAACUAUACAGUGGAGGCUAUCAGAAGGCCUGAUUCACCGCAAGCUAUGGCAUUUUCUUGGCUUAUGGGAGACCCCAAUCUGACACUGUAUGCUCCAUGGCAAAUCACACAGAGGUUGGCCUUGGCUACACUAUACCACGCAACAAAAGGAGACUCAUGGACAAACAAUACAAACUGGCUGAGCUAUCAACAUCAUGAGUGUGAAUGGCACUCAUCAACCAAUGGAGUGGAGGCACUAAAAGCUCUGCACACUGGCUUUGCGGUUCCAUCUGAGGCUGUUUGUGGCACAGUGGAAGAACUACUCAUCAAUGGGAGGGCCUGCCUGGGACAGGCAAUGCAUGAUUGGGGAGACCCCACCAAUGGCAGUAUCACAAGCCUCAGACUCUUUCAGAACAACUUGCAGGGCUCGCUUCCCGAAGAGCUGUACCUGAUCACAACCUUGGAAUCAAUCCUUCUGUUCUCAAACCCACUCACCAGUACAAUUUCAUCAAAUAUUGAAAACCUAAAAGACCUGGAAGUGCUUUACAUUCCAGUUUCAGGGCUCUCUGGAAGCAUACCAACUGAGGUUGGAGUGCUUUCCAAUAUGCACACUAUUGAGCUUUUUGCCGGCUAUCUCACAGGGGAAAUUCCCACUGAAAUUGGCUUGCUUGACAGUCUAGAGAGACUGGUGCUUGAUAACAACAACAUGACAAGCACUGUACCAACAGAACUUGCCGAGUUACAAUCCUUGCACACGAUGUACUUGGACACUAACAAUCUUUCUGGUACACUUCCAACUGAGCUGGGUUUGCUUUCUAACUUGUAUGAUCUCCAGAUCCAUAACACUGGGAUCUCAGGGACAAUUCCUAUUGAGUAUUUCAACUUGCCUCAACUGGGGAAGCUACGACUGGGGAAAAAUUUGUUGACAGGUGUGAUAGCCACAGAGAUAGGCAUCUCUCAGAGUUUAUGGUACAUUGACCUGUGGGAUAAUUUGCUGACAGGACCAAUUCCUACUGAGACUGGACUGUUGCAAAAGCUUAGGUUUUGGGAUACAGAGAUCAAUCAAAUGACAGGCACACUUCCCAGUGAAUUUGGAGCCUUGGAACACAAUCUGACUUGGCUCUUUGUUGCUGAUAACAACCUGCAUGGGCGUGUCCCUACAGAACUUGGUCGUUGCACUCACAUGGAGAGGCUCUGGUUACAUGAUAAUGAUUUGUAUGGUGACCUCUUCUUGGAUAUUACUCAACACAUGAAAAAUCUGUCAGACUUGUCAGUCACAAGCAAUUCAUUUUCAGGUUCCAUUCCAAGCCAAGUUGGCAUCUUGACCAACCUGAUUCAUUUUGAAGCUGGUUCAAAUUCAUUUGACGGAGAGAUACCAUCUGAACUUGGGAACUUGAUAAAUAUGAGGUGGCUGGACCUAACAGACAACAUCAUCCAAGGAACCCUUCCACAGGAGAUUCUCAACUUGACUCUUGCAGGAUCUCUGGAGUUCUUGCACCUGGCUGGCAAUCCACUGCUUGCUGGCACCAUCCCUAGCAUGGUUUGUGAGCCACCAAACAAGGCAUAUGUAGAGGUGCUGUUUGACUGCACAGAGAUACUUUGUGGCUGUCACUGCUCUUGCAAUUCAACCACUGCAACUCCUGUAGCAAAUCUAACAAUAUAACGACGGAAUACAUACGUAUGCAAGCC